GUCCGGUAAUAAUGUUCUGUGGUGAUGUGUCCAAAAUGGCGUCUGGCGUGCAGGCGAGCAGCGAGCUUGAUGUUGAUUUUUCUUUAGUUUUGCAGAAAAUUUAUCAAUAAUAAUUGAUCAUUAAUUUAUAGUGUUUUGUAUAGUGAAUAUUCGCUGAAAAUGGAGGAAGGAAAUUCAAUAAUCUAUGGACUUGAACAUCAGACCAGAGCACUAUCACCACAAUAUGGUGAAAGUGAUGCCAUACGGUUCCUGAUUGGCACGCAGAGUUUAAAGCCUAACACAAAUCAAGUACACAUUGUUGAGCUGGAGGAGGACACGGGAGCUCUGCAUACUAAGGUAUUCAAACAUGACAUCGGGGAGAUUUGGCACCUGCGCUGCUCACCUCAUGAUGCUGCCGUUCUCAUCACAACACAUAACGCCUACGACCCCGAUACUUGCCAGUGUACGAUGGGGGUUUCCAUUUUUAAGCUUCCUACUACAGAGGUGAUUCCAAAAGACUUGGACGAUCUCAGCGCAGUGCAAAGUCGGAAUGCAGAAGAUAUGGAACUUCUCAAAACGAUAACACCAGAAAAACCCGAGGAAGAAAUUCGCUGCGCGGAGUGGCAUCCUUCAGACCCAAACCGCAUCGGCAUCGUGUUGGACAACUACGUCAGCAUCCGUGACGCGAACACUGGCGACCAAGUGACCAGUGUGGCGCCGGAGGGCAGGACUAGGCUCAAGUUCACUGGAGGCAAGUGGAGUCCGCAAGGGCAGAGUCAGUUCGCGGUGCUUCAGGACACGCAUAUAAAGUGCUUCGACACGCGCACCGACUGCGCCAAGCCCGCGUGGCACGUCGACAGCGCGCACCGCCAGCUGGCCAGAGACAUCGACUUCAAUCCAAACAGGCAAUUCCACUUGGCGAGCGCGGGAGACGACGCCGCUCUUAACAUAUGGGACUACAGGCAUGGGAAGGAGCCCAUAUUCAGCAGAACCGAUCACUCACAUUGGGUGUGGACGGUGCGCUACAACACGUACCACGAGCAGCUGCUGCUGACGGGCAGCUCGGAUGCGCGUGCGCUGCUCACUGCCGCGGCCAGCGUGUGCGACAUGGACGACGACGGCAAACGACUCAGCCAAGUGUUGGAAGAUGGUGUACUGCAGUCGUACGAACAACACGAGGACUCUGUGUACUGCGCCGAGUGGAGUGCAGCGGAGCCCUGGACCUUCGCCUCCCUCAGCUACGAUGCCAGGCUCGUGCUGUCCAGAGUCCCCAGACAUUUCAAAUAUAAGAUACUGUUGUAAUUAAUUAGUUAAGAGCUCACGGUAUUUAAUCGAUGUAAGUCUGACUAGUUGUGAACCUAUCCGGGGUCCUUUCUCAUAAGCACUCAGCUCGCUGAGCUCAACCGCGACGCACAGUGAGUGAAGUCUCUGGGAAAAAGGAACCCCGGAUGGAUUCGGAACUAGUCUGGCUUACAUUGACUAAAUAUGUGGGUAUAGCUGGUACAUUCUAUACUUAAAAAAAAAAGAUUCCGACGAAUUGAGAACCUCCUCCUUUUUUGGAAGUCGGUUAAAAAUGGAAAUCACUAACAAUAGUUCAAUUAAAACUCAUUUUAAUCAAUGAAAUAUCACUUACUACAACAGUGAAGGAAUACAUAGUAAGGCACAUACAAGUAGACUAUGCCCAUUGUCCAUCCUUAGGAUGUAAGCUCCCUAACAAAUUCCAUCAAAAUUGGUUAAAUGGGUAGGCCGUGACAAGCUGACAUACAGACAGACAGUGCUUUUGCAUUUAUAAAUAUAUUAUUAGUAUGGAUAAUGUAUAAAUUAUUAUUUACAUAAGAUCCUAAUGUAAGGAUAUAAUAAAAGUAUGUAAAUUAUGUA